UGCAGAUUUUCAAAAGUGCAUUCAAAGACGCUGUAAAUUCAAGUGAAAAAAGGGUUCUUCGAGCUAAAUAAGAAGAAAAAUACGUAGAAAAUUUUAUAAAAAUUAAGACGAGAUGUAUAAAAAUUUAAUUGAGUAAUCCAAGUAACGAUUGAAAAAUGUAAAUAAAAAUUUAAUGUGAAGUUAGUCAGAUAUUGUUCAACUUGAAGUUUGCAAAAGAGGCUGCCAUAUCCGGAAGAAAGGAGAAAAAAGAUAGUGAAAAUAGAGUUGUCUCAUUCGCACACCACAAAUAUGGCUGCCGUUGUUUAGAGGUUGGAGCACUAAGGCGAAAUUUUUGUGAAUUUACCUGAAAAUCGAAGCAAAAAAACGAAUCUCCGUGGUGAUAUUGGUGCAAAAAGAAGUGAUAAAAAUACACCUGAUAUCCCAUAUUCUCUAAAAGUGCAAAAAAGUCCGUGGCAGAGUGAAGAUAACUUGCCGAAAAAAAGUUGUGUUUUAUUUCUCUUGUGUGUAAAUUUUUUGCCCCCCUGUGAAAACCUUCCUGGCUCAACUACAGAGAAAAAAAAGUCACGACGAAAUUUCUCGACUACAACCCAAAAUUGCCAAUUUAAUUAAUAUUGGGCAGUGGGAAGAGCUGGAGAUCUGUAGGAACUCGGUGGACAAGUGAAAAUCCAUUGCCAAUACAAUUGAUUUGUGCAUUUAUUUGCAAUAAUAUUCACGCUGUGAAUGCAAAAGUUAUGAAGCUUUGAGUUUUUUCAUUCACAUUUACUACUUUGAAUGGUUGUUUUCAUCUUCAGUCAUUAUUUAGGUUAUGGCAAACUUAAACUUUCAACAACCUCCUAGAAGUAUAGCGAGCGCCUCUCUAACAGGACGAAGUACAGGGAGUUUCGGUGCAAAUUCCCUGUCCGGCCAUGUUACUCCGACGUCGGGCAUGUUUCCGCCCGGCAGUGGGGCCAGUAGCUAUGGACAGUCUCAGCAGCCGCAGCUGUCGCCCAACAGGAGUGCGCAGCAACUGUCGAGUGUCGGAGGUGUUCCGCCCCAAAUGUCCAAUUCGAGUCGGUCCAGCCUCUUCGGGCAGCGCGCCUUUGCGGAUCGACGAGCGAUGGCAGGACUCGGAGGACCCAUGUCAAACAUGGGGUCUUUUAUGCAAUCAUCACGUGGCUAUGGAUCGCAGAGUGGCUCUGGUCUCAACAACUUCCAUAGUGUGUUCGGGGGAGGCGGAAGGGACGCGGGAACGCCACCGCUCCUGGACCUGUCCGAGUUCCCAUCGCUCACCAACUCACGAGGUCAGUCGGAUGGCGGAUCACAGCAGACGAGCAGUGCGCUCCAGCCACCCGGAAGUAAACCCUAUGUUGUUUUUCGUGCAGUCGGAAUGGUGAAACAGCCGACGUCGGAGCAGAGUGAGUUCCAGAUGUCCAGUGAGGAUUUCCCAGCGCUGCCGGGAACUCAAGUGGCAGGUGGAGCUGUGGGUGGUGGUCCGGGGGGUGUCGGAGCGCCAGGCGGUGGGGAUGGAAGUGGAGAAAAGGGUCUGAUUCGCGAUGGGGGUCAGAUGGUUGGUGGACAGCGUGGAGCUGCGGGGAUGGGCAUGGAACUGCAGAGUGAUUCCCUGGUGGGUGGAGUGACGGAGAAGGCCAUGAAACGGGGCGUUCAGACAUCUCCAGACGGCAAGGUGACCAACAUCCCAGCGAGUAUGGUGAACAAUCAAUUUGGAAUGGUGGGUCUCCUGACGUUCAUCCGGGCGGCAGAAUCGGAUCCCAAUCUCGUGUCACUGGCUAUGGGGCAAGACCUCACGACGCUCGGUCUCAAUCUCAAUUCACCUGAGAAUCUGUAUCCCGCCUUUGGGGGUCCAUUUUCGGAUCAACCCUGUCGGCCCCAGGACAUAGACUUCCACGUACCACCUGAAUACCUGGUGAACAUGUCAAUUCGAGACAAGCUCGCCCAGCCAGUACUGAAAAAAUACAAAGACGACUUACUCUUUUUUCUCUUCUACACAAAUGUGGGUGAUGUUAUGCAACUGGCUGCUGCCGCUGAACUCCAUAGCAGAGAAUGGCGAUAUCAUAUAGAGGAGAAGGUGUGGAUUUCCCGUCUUCCCGGCAUGAAUAACUAUGACACGAAUGGCACAACGGAACGAGGCACCUAUUACUACUUCGAUGCCCAGAACUGGCGACGGGUAGUGAAGGAUUUGCAAAUCGACACCGGAAAGUUGGACAAGUGUCCGAAUUUGAAUGCAAUUGUCAGCCUCAGUGGGCAGCCCGUCUAAGUGAGAGAAGAAGAAGAAGAGAGAGAGAGAGAGGAAGGAUGAUCAAUCUCCCCCGGAUUUCAAGAUCAAGAACAGUUGAUUUUGCAGAAGAAGAAGAAAAAAAAACAAUUGUGAAGGCAGAAAGUGAGAUGUUUGGGUGUAAAGAUGAAUUUCCUUUUUCUUUAUUUUUCUCAUUUCACACACACUAAAUACACAAGUCUAUUAAAAAAAAACUUCCCCCUACGAAAACAGAAUUUUCAAUCACACAAAUUUCUUGAGCUAAACACCAUUCUAUAGGACAGUUCUUCGGUUUUCUUUCUUUUCUCAAGAGGGACAAAACAAGAAAAAAAUUAAUAGAUUAAAAAGAAACUCGGUAUUUUCUUACAGGAUAUUUCUCAUGGGAGAAAUGAAAAACAAAAGCAUUAAUUGGUGUAAAACAAAAAAAAAAGAUCUUUAAAAAAAAUAAUUAAAAUAGAACAUUUUUCCUAAAUGAAAGUCGUGAGAACAUUUUCAUUUUGACUUUGUACACUGGCUAAAUGUGUGUGAAUAAUGACGAUAAUUUUGUGACAUGAUAGAAGGUGAAUUAAAGAGGAAAAGCAGAAAAGUUUUACAAAUAA